AUGGCUACCUCGACGACAGACACACCAACACCAACGACGAGCAGCACUGCCUCGCCAAGCUGCACCACGGCUGUCCCUGGCAAAUACGGCCAUGUGCCGUUUGAUGCAUGCAAUUCCAACUACAAUGACAAUCCGAGCUUCGAGGCGAAUCUUGCCUUUGCAGCGCUAUUUGGGGCGAGUUUUGUGGCGCACAUUGUGCAGGCGAUUCAUUAUAAAAAGCGAUUUUGCUGGGUGGUCAUUAUGGGCGCCGCCUGGGAGACGGCAGCAUUCAGCCUGCGUGCGAUUGGAGCCCAUCACCAGCAAGAGCUGCAGUACGCUCUCUGGGGACAGCUCCUCUUUCUGCUGGCCCCUUUGUGGAUCAACGCAUUUGCCUACAUGACGGUCGCUCGCAUGGUCUACUUUGGCCUCCCCGACAAGAAGAUAUGGGGGGUCCGCGCCGUCAAGCUGACGGUGGUGUUUGUCUGGCUCGACAUUGUCUGCUUCCUGGUGCAGCUAGGCGGCGGCGUGCUCCUGUCCAACAACGACGACGCCGGGCUGACGCGCAUCGGGAUGAAGGUGUACACGGCGGGCAUCGGCCUGCAGCUCGGCUUCGUCGUCAUCUUCGGGACCAUGACGGCCUGGUUCUGGCGACGGAUGCGGCAGGUCUCGCGGGGACAGAGCAUGGGCCGCUUGCGAUUUCUGAUCUGGAGCAUGCUGGCAGUUCUCGUGCUGAUCAUGGUCCGCAUCAUUUUUCGACUGCUGGAGUUUGGGCCAGGCAUCAACGCAAGCAACAAGCUCAUCACUGACGAGACGUACCCGCUGGUGCUCGACGCCAUGCCAAUGCUGCUGGCGCUGGCGCUGCUGAACCUGGUGCAUCCCGGGCUGGUGCUGCGGGGCCCGGACGGCGAGUUUCCGCGGGUGACGCGCCGGGAGAAGAAGGCGGCGCGGCAGCGGGCCAAGGAGGAGAAGAAGAGGCAAAAGGAGGCGCGCAAGGCUGGAAGCAAGUCAUCGUUUGUGGAUGGUGACGCGGCGAGGUUGGCGGAGGACUCGGACGGCUACGGUGUGGGGGGCGGUCGUGGUGGUCGGACAAGUGCGAAUAGCUGGGAGCUAGGCGCGGUGCAUGAGAGGGUGUAG